UGGAGUGCUGUUACUAUGGAUACAGUAGCGUCGCAAUCAGUGGGGGAAGCUAACAGUUUCUUCACCUACGGUACAAAAUGCUGCGGUGUAAAUCAGGUUUUACUUUGUUUAUAAGGACGAUACGGUGAUAAAUGACAGAUCAUGGAGGAUGAUGAACUGAAUGACUUGCGGCUCCAGUACCAGGCGCUACAAAAACAGCAGGAGAAAAGAAAACUGGCCAGGAAAAAGGAGAAAGAACCUAAUGUCAGUGUUACUGAGGAUGAUCUGGAUCUGUCUAAGCAAGGUAUUCAGGCAGACGAUGUCGAACACAGACUGUUACAGAAUGAGAAUCAAAAUCAGAAUUUGCUGGACCAGCUGAGGGAGCUCAAGGAUGAAAACGGUCGGCUCUUCAAACUUCUCAGCGAGAAGGAUUUUGAAAUUAAACACCUGAAGAAGAAAAGAGAAGAAGAACGUCUGGCUUUAGCAGGCACAUCAGGCUUGGCAGGGGAUAUCGCGGCCACCAAGAUUGUUGAGCUGUCCAAGAAGAAUAGAGAGCUAACUGCUGAAAUUGAGCAAGAAAAGAUUAAAACCAAGCAAAACAGCAACAGAGUCAAAGAGCUUGAGAAAGAGCUGCAGGCGGCUUUGGUGCACUCUCCACCUGGGCAGAAGGUUGAUACAAAGGCACAGGAUAAGAGGUCAUCUGAAGACUGUGAGCAGGAAAAUCCAGUGGUGAAAUCUCUGCAGGAAAAAUUAGCUGCUUCCCAGCUGAAAGUGACUGAGUAUCGCAACCAGGUUCAAUCUGUCAAACAGGAGUUGAAAGUAGCUCAGAAGGUUUUAAUCAAUGAGGUUGGAGAGGAGGUGAACUUUCAGCAAUUACUAAGCUGCCCUGGGAGCUUUCGAGGUCGCUCUCAGCAGAUACUGGCUCUUCAGACAAGGGUGCGGGACCUUGAGCAGCAGCUGAACCAGUCAACUCAGCGAAGACAGUCAAGUGUCCUGAGUGCAGAGGAAGAGUUUCUGGGCAUGGGGGUCCUUCAAAAAACCCCUCCUCAAGACAGGAACCUCACCUACAUCCGGACCAUCGAGAAGGAGAAGAGGGAGGCAUUUGAGAGGAUCUCAGCGGACCAUGAGGCCCUCCUGAAAGACCACGAGGAUGUAAGGAAAAAGCUGGAUGCCUCUAAAGCCAGGAACAAGUCUCUGUCUGCUGAAAUGAAAUCUCUGAAGGCCCAGAUCUCUACUCUCCUGGAGAAGGGUAAACAUGAUGAUGAGCUUGUGGAUGCCCUGCUGAAGCAGCAGACUCAGAUGCAGGAGGUGCUGAGACGACUCAGCCAACAGCAGAACGUGCAGAGCAAGGAGACCCGGCGUAGCCCGAGACAGCAGCUGAGCAGCGAGCCCUCAGAGUACAACGCUCUUAUCCAGAAACUGAAGCAGAUGGUUGAGGAGAGAGAGGUCAGGAUCAAAGAACUAGAGGAGGAAAUCCAACAGCUCUCUGUCAAGGAAGAGGGCAUGGAAAGAGAGUCCAGCUUCAAGACAGCCGUUUGCAGUUCAGGAUUUCCUCCUGAAGAGGGAGGCACUAGCAAGAGAAUAACAUCCUCAGGUUCAGUCUCUAAAUUCGGUCAUAAACUGGUGCUGCCUGCUGUGGGAAGUAGUGCAGAAUUCAAAAGUCCGAGUUCUUCAAGAUGUCCACAAUGUUCAGCUGAUGUGAGCGCGCUGAUGACCCAGUGUGACGAAUAUAAAAACAUCUGUGUGGAGAAGGACCGACUCCUUGAGCUGGUUAACAUCCUACAGACAAAAGAGAAAGAGUUGAACCAGAGGUUUUUGGAGGCGGAACAGAAGUACCAGGAGGAGCGCCGCAGGACAGUGAUCCUGGAGCAGCAGCUGGAGAGGACAAAAUUAGAUUCCAAGUAACGACUGUGCAGACAGCAAGGGUAGAACUGGUAUGCCAAGGACCCUGUGGGAGAUUGGCAGGUCCCCAUUGGACUGAGCGAGAAAGUGCCACAAGACAAAAAUAUCAGAGUUUGGACGUGAUGAAGAAAGCCUUUAUGCUCAGAGAAACAAAAAACAGCUUGUGUUGAAUACCUCCUGGAUAGAAGGUGAGGCACCCUUUAAUGUAGUCGGGUGAGAUGUGUCACUGGAGGAACGGAUGAGAUACCGUAAGCUUUAUGACUACAUGCCCUGCAGAGCUGCCAAAUGUGUAUCAAAUGUAGCAAUGUGCGUCAGAAAGGGUGUUGAUGGAGCAAAUACUUGUCAUGGUCCCUAACUGCAUCUGAUUCCAGGCAAAAUGUUUAACUUAAUAAAUUUUUGUUUGGUUGUUUUUUAAAUCUACCAUAACACAAACUCAUAAAAAUGUAGUCAGUGUUUGUGAGCACGUGGAAUAUUUUCUCAAACAUGUAAUCUGAAUUUUUUAUUUGUGGUACUUGAUAGGAACCAGGCCAAAGACUGGGUUUUAAAUCAAGCCUGUUGCUGUUCAAUACGCAUUUUACUGUGUGAUUUAAGUUAAAAACCAAUGUAGUCGUAGAUCAAUGUGACUACUCCUGUUGACUUCAGUCAUUAAAGAGUGUCAUCACUUUCAAAUAAAUUACACUUCACCAAACAAUUUUAAUAUUGUUUUAUGUAGCUGUAUUACGCAGAAAGGUGUAGAUUUAUUCCAAAAUGCCCAAUAACCCACCAAACCAAACACAAACUUAUGUAAACACAGCAUACGUAAACAGCCUCACCUAUUUGUCAUUCCAGGUUUGAAUGACUCCUUUCUCCAUCCUUCUCCUCAGAGGUAUUCCCUCGUUCUGGACCAAUGCUUCCUGCAGACCAUUGACUGCAUCCAGAAACUAAAGUAAAUAGUGGAGCUGUGAACGCAGAGGUUAAAGUUAGCCAUCAGUAUAUGAGGGAUCUGUGAACUUUACUCAGGCCAGAAAACGGUUUGUGCCUCUAUGAGUCCAUUCAUCUCCCAGUGCCUCUCAUUUACAUGUAAUGGAAAGAAAAUAAACAGCGGAGUCCUAAUGUGCUCAUUUACAGUAAGUAGAAAUAAAGUAAUGAGCUGCUAUCUUUACCAAGACAGCAGCACAGCAGUGAUGAGCACUUUUUGUUACAAACAAAAGAGUCCACACACUGUGUCUGUAAAAUUGUUCCUGACACUGACACCCAGGAUGAGGUAUGGAGGCGUCCACUGCAGUCAUCCACAAUUCAUAGUAACGUGUUGACGAGACAAGUUCUGUCAGCAGAUUAUCUGAUCUUGGUUUUGAUCUGAGUCUCUUGCUCUCCUGUUUCAAACUUUUGAAGUCGUGCUUGCUUAUUUUCAAACUUUGGCUUUGCUUGCAGUUUGCCAAUUAGACAUAGUCUGGUGCAAUGAUGUCAAAACUGCAUGCUCCUGUUUAGUAAUUUUGUUUAGUUAUGGCAUCACUAGAUGGCAGUAUGGCUAGUCAUGUACUGCAUGUAAACCACUUCUUAAGGUUUUUUUUUUUCUAUAUUAUUGUACUGCAAUAAUGUGGACUGGAGGCCAGUUAAACAUAUGCAUUGUGCUUAAUCUGUUGAACACAGCAAUAUCAUCCUGUAUCCAUUCAAUGCAGUACAUUUUAAUUGCCAUUCCGAUGACCUAGUUGUGAUUAAAUCAAUAGACUGUAAAGAAAAAUGGUCUUCCUGCUUCUAUG